AGUUCUUGCAGUUCCUUUGACGCCCAUUUCAGUUCUAUAUUUGAUUGCUCUCUUUUGGUGGGUCGAUUUUUGCUUUGUUGGAUGAAAAAAAGUGUAGAAAAGCUAUGAUUUUUGUUCUCUUUUUUCCACAAGUAAAUGACCUGUGAGCGCCCCUCUCAGCGGCCUACUAGCUUUGUAUUGCAGCUGCACUUGAAAGUUUGAUCUUUACAUAAGAUACUUCGUUCAAUCCGAACAACGACAACCCUGAAGAAAUGGCAGCUCCUUCGCAGGCAUCUGUACAACUACCCAGUUCCGCGUAUGUGGAUUUCGUCGAGAAACAUUUCUGCAAGCGCCUGUUCAAGUUGGAGGACAAAUACAACGCGUGGUUCGCACAUGAUGCCCAAGCCCAGGCAGCUGCCAUCGAUCAGGAGCCGGCCAAGUCCGCGCAGGUCUUGGAACAGGAUGCUGCUUUGGCUGACGAGGUGCGUCAGCUCCGAGGUUUUUGGUCAAUUCACCGUUCGUGUAUUGGAAGUGCAGAAGCCGGACACUUCUGCUACAGAGUGGACGAAGAUUUCGUUCGGCUGGAGCAGGAGAAGUGUAAUUUUUAUUGCUGGUUCCCACCAGUACAGUUACUCGCGGACAGCGACAGCGAGGACAGUACCCCUGCCGGAGCAGACCACGAGCCCGCCCUGCCUGACCACGCUCCGGCAGAAAAUUUGCUAGAGGAAGUAGCGGAUAUUAGUACAGCGGCGGACGACGCGUCAGCACACGCUGCCAAGAAAUCCGUCAGAAAGGAGUACCCCGAACGGGGGGUCAUGGAGCAUUGGCGGUGUUCUCGCGAGAAUCCUGAUGCGCCAGGAGUUUGGGCCUGCACUCACAACGUUCAUCCCUUAUCCUUCGAAAGUACUGGCGACGCGUACAUCACCAAUUGCAGUUCAACACCUUUACGCUCACGGGCCGAAAAGAAGUUGUCCUGCCGCCUGCACAGCCUGAGCCUGUCCAUUACCCAAGAACAGCUCCGAAUGUGGGUCGCUGCGGUUCGUAGGAACUUCGCGGCGCAGAAACAUGGAGCGUUCCUUCCGAACUUUCCGGAUGAGCUUUUUCGCAAGAUCCACGCCUUCCUCGAGCCUCUGAGCACUUGCGUCAUGAACCGCGACUACCUGGCUGCGCUGGCUGUGAAGAAGCGGCGCAGGGAUGUCGAGAGCCUUCUCAAUUUGGCAAUGAUGCAGAGCAACAUCGACGCGAUGUGUGACCCGCCCAGGUGCUGGAAGGGGUCCCAAAUGAAGGGCGGGUUGUUCUGGGUCAGUGACGACGUUGGGCUCGAGGGACAAUUUUGGAAGCCGGCCGUUGGGAUUAACGGUUCCAUGUUGGUCGUCGAGCUUGGAGACAAGGUGAUCAAGGUAGAAGGCGACAGAACGGAUAAUAUGUGGCCGGCGAGCUGGGAGGAGGAAAUACUUGGUAGUGCGGCCUGGAAACAGGAACUGGCGAAGGACAGGCUGGUUCCCCGUGCCACCAGAACUCGGCCAAAUUUGGACGCAAUCUAUCGUGAUGUAUUUGAGCGCAUCAUGCGAGAUUACUUCGGAAAGAAGGGCUGGGACUUUCAGUACUGGCACGAUUAUCGUCGGGGAGAGCGAUUUUAUGAUGGUCAGGAGUGCGCUUCUGGAAUCGAGUUCAGGAUUACGUACCUCGGCAGCUAG